UUUACAAGAAAGUCGGCAUCGCUCCGGUUGCCGAGGUAAAGGAGCAGACAAAGAAACAGCGCCAGCUGGCGCGCCACCAGAUGCGCCAGUCCUUCCGGAAUCUCAACGACUCCGACGAAGAAAAUGUAGCGACCCAACAACCGCCCAGGAUCAAAGUGAACACUGCACCGAAGAUGGGUCCACCGCCGCAGGUGGAAAUGGAGCGUUUGCUAAAGUUCCGUGAGCAAAAGCGGAAGCUAAAGCAAACACAGGAACAACAGCCGCUCCUUCCUGCCAAGCGGAAACCGUUCGUAGCGACCAUAUCCCGCCAGGACAUUUCCCUUACGUACAAGCGCAUUUUUGAACCGUACAAGAAAUGCACCAAAAAGGAAGCAACAACAACGCUGGCCGGCCCAACGAAUCGUGCGCCUUUGAGGCCAGUAGCACCGUUCCUGAACGGAAGGGACCACCAGGCUCCGCCAGAGAGGAUACCGUUGCCCAAGAGCGCCUGUAAGAAAACGAUUCAAUCCGAUGCGAAGCAGCAACAUCCGUUGGGGGAGUGGAAAGGACGGACACCGCUGUUGGCGUUCAGGAACGUUCCGCCUCGUGUGGACUGUUGGUGGCCAAAGAGUGGACCACCGUUGAUCACCCUGGACGGUGGGUGCUUGCAGCGACCAGCAGCAAGCGUCUCGGCAAAGAAACCGAACCCGAGUGUCUCCGCAAAGAAACCGGCGACAGUACGCGCCCUGGAAUCGAAAUCAUCCCGAAAACCAUCCGCUAAACAAGGCAAUGCGACGAACUCAUCGAAGAAACCUCCCCAAGGACAGCCGCAAAGAAAACAGCCGGCAGUAAUGGUAUUUCACGGGACAAAAGCCGGAUCAAAAGCAGCGAACGGAACGUCGAAUGCAAAGGCAGUGCUUACUUCGACGGUACGGAAGACGAAAAAUGCGUUCACGUUUACGCUCGCACCAAAUGAGAACGCUGGUCGGCCGCAGUUUCAAUCGCUGGCUUGUGGCAAGAUGGAUGAGCUGUUCGAUGGCAUUAGUCCCAUUGAAACCCACUCACCUGCGCCACCGACGGCCGCUGAUUCCCCAAAACAGCGACCAAGGACGAAGGUGCCGGAUGCGAAGCAUCGCAAGGAGGAAAGCUUCUGGGAACCGCAGCCGGUGGCUUUUCUCUCGUUAGCCGCCGAGACAACUGGCGUUGCUGUCGAUAAUGUAGAACGACCCGUAACGACUUCCUUGGAUGAGUCCAGCUCGAGUGUGGUGUGCUUGGGCGAAAUAGAAACCGUCGGUCAAUCGAAGAAUCGAUCACCAACGGAUGAGCAAAGCACAAUGAUGUUGGCGGGUGGAGGUGGUACACCGAAACGAGCAGUCUCGCUGAACGAAUCGUUCACCGUAAGCGAGGACGUUGGAGGAACAGAUGAUGAGGUUUUCUGCGCUAAAACAUCGGCGAAAGAACCGGCAUUUGGUUGUCGGCCAACAAUCGAGGCGAUUGAUGAAACGGUAGCGACGGAGGAGCCACAGCCUGCUCAAACGCAAAAACGUUGCUCGCUCGUAUUCACCGAGCAAAUCAAUGUUCCACCAGCUGAACCAAGUAUGCCUGGGGAACACUCCAGUGAUGCGAUGCCAUCGCCACUUUGCAGCAGGCGACUUUCUUCUACCAAGCGCCGAUCGUCCGUUUACACAGUCAGCGAGCAGGGCACACAGAUGCCGGAAGAGGUCCGAUCGAAGACCGAUUUCUACAAAGACAAGGUCCAGUGCGAGCUGGCGCGCUUGCAGAUGCUCUGUGAUGAGUAUGGACCGUACCUGGAAUCGGACACACUGAACGAACACUGCAGAGGAUUGUUGAUGGCUGCGCAGGGUCAAACCAACAUACUGAUCAACAAGAAGCUGACCAAAUUCCAGGAGCUGAUUGGCCACUACGAGAGCAACUGGACCGAUCGCAAGGUGCGCAAAGAUGAUUUGGAUGGUUUCUGGCAGAUGGUUGCGCUGGACAUGGAGAAUUUGGAUCAACGAUUUGAGGAGCUGCGCAGUCUAAGGGCUAAUGAUUGGCAACCGAUCGUGCAGGAAGAAGCAACGGCUGAUGAUCUACCAGCUAAAACGAAAAAGCUUCAAGCAGGUGCUGGUAUCCGUAAGCGCGAGAGGAAAGGAGCAGCAAACGGAGCGGCCGGUAAAUCCUCUUCUGUGGUCGCUGAAUUGAUCCGCCAGGCUCGUCUCGAGCAAAAGAAAAAGAAGCUUACAGAUCUGGGAGAGUUGGCCGAAACGGUUACACUGGUGACGACGCCGCUUAAACGAUCGCAACGGUUAGCAGAAACUCCGAAGCGCAACAGUGUGGCAAGACGAUCCAGCAUAUGCAUGGUGUGCACACCAACGGCUGCAGAUGCACGGAAGCAGGAUCGUUCUGCCAAUAAGUGUGGAAGCAUAUUUCCAGAGGCUGACAACGAAGAUGAAGACAACCUAAAGCCUUCCUUGAGAAGCAGCGCUUCCAAUGGCUCCCGUAGUGCGAAAAGUGUGCUGUUUAUGGACGCCUGUCUUGAGACUCCCCAAUCACGCCGCCGACAGAGCACCCGAAAGAUCGUGGACACCCCGAAACCAGCGAAAGAUCGACAGGAUGAGCAUGAUCCAGAGUCGAGCUCACCAGCAGCGCCAAAGCAGACAUCACAGCAGAGAAACAGACGAAAGUCGAUCGUUUCUUUUACGGAGCAGAUCGAUGAUCCACCAACUGUGCCCAGUAAGUCGAAUUUACGUUUGGAGGAAGCCGAUCUUCUGGGUUUGCUUAACAAUAGCUCGCUCGCCAAGUCUCUGCGGAAAGCGGCAAAGACAAAAGAGCUGCAGAUGCCGGAAGAGGUCCGAUCGAAGACCGAUUUCUACAAAGACAAGGUCCAGUGCGAGCUGGCACGCUUGCAGACGCUCUGUGAUGAGUAUGGACCGUACCUGGAAUCGGACACACUGAACGAACACUGCAGAGGAUUGUUGAUGGCUGCGCAGGGUCAAACCAACAUACUGAUCAACAAGAAGCUGACCAAGUUCCAAGAGCUGAUCGAUCAUUACGAGAGCAACUGGACCGAUCGUAAGGUGCGCAAAGAUGAUUUGGAUGGAUUCUGGCAGAUGGUUGCGCUGGACUUGGAGAAUUUAAAUCAACGAUUUGAGGAGCUGCGCACUCUGCGGGCCAAUGAUUGGCAACCGAUCGUACAGGAAGAAGCAACGGGUGAUGAUCAGCCAGCUAAAACGAAAAAGCUUCAAGCAGGUGCUGGUAUCCGUAAGCGCGAGAGGAAAGGAGCAGCAAACGGAGCGGCCGGUAAAUCCUCUUCUGUGGUCGCUGAACUGAUCCGCAAAGCUCGCCUCGAGCAAAAGAAGAAGAAGGUUACGGAUCUAGGAGAAUUGACCGAAACGGUGACACUGGUCACAUCGCCGGUUAAACGAUCACAACGGGUGGCAGAAAGCGGAAGUGAAUUGAAGCAACGAGCGAGCGUGUGCUUUGGGUUUGCCCCCGCCAUUGCGAGCCCUGCUACAAAGGACACACGCCGCACAAUGUUCCCCGGGCUCAACCGUCGCAGCAGAGAUAAUUUGAAAUCCAUCCUCAAGACGCCGAAUGUGGAUCGUGCGAAUGAAUCAAAGAGUGUCCUGUUCUUGGACAAUGCUCUGCAAACACCGCUAGCCGGCGAUACGACUACCACGCGGACACGCCAGUUUCCCGUCACACCGAAGCUACGGCUCAAGUUUAACGAUCAGCUCGAGCUGGAGCACAUCGAUCGGUUGGAUUCACGUACACCGUCUCGGUUGGAGGACGAAUUGCGCAAACGCUUGCGACAAUCACUGCUCUCCAAUUCCGCCUCGACCGGCGAGUCGGCAGAGGUGGAAAAGACGGAAAGCACCAGCACGGACCGGUGUACGGGCACUCCGCGCACAAACGCCGCUAGCAAACGCAAAAGUCGGCGAAUUUCUCGGACACUGGCCGCUAUUUUCGACGAUGCCAAUGACGGUGUUGUCGAGGAAUCCCCGGUACCGAUGAUGGGCCGCAUGAGGACGAGAGCCAGUGCCAACACCCCACGCCGGAAUGCAUCCUAGUGUGUUCUCGUUCUCUUUAGUUACUCGUUUCUCUCGUUCGUUUUUAACUCGUUUGAUUGUUUGGUUUUAUUUCACCAUGACCGCACAUUU